GCCCUCUGAGGUGAAGGACUUUGUCGUCAAACACGAAGGACACACAGUUAUUCAGAAAGUGCUGAUUGCCAACAAUGGUAUCGCAGCCGUGAAAGAAAUCCGCUCGGUGAGAAAAUGGGCAUACGAGACAUUUGGCAACGAAAGAGCCAUCCAAUUCGUCGCCAUGGCCACUCCCGAGGACCUCGACUCUAAUGCCGAUUACAUCAGAAUGGCCGACCAGUACGUCGAAGUUCCUGGAGGAACGAACAACAACAACCAUGCCAACGUGGACCUGAUUGUCGAGAUUGCAGAGAGAACCAAAGUAGACGCUGUCUGGGCCGGCUGGGGACAUGCCUCCGAAAACCCAGAGCUGCCAGAGAAGCUGGCUGCGUCCCCACGCAAAAUCGUCUUUAUUGGUCCGCCAGGGUCUGCCAUGAGAUCGCUUGGUGACAAGAUUUCUUCAACGAUUGUGGCCCAGCACGCCAAGGUGCCGUGUAUUCCGUGGUCUGGAACCGGCGUCGACAAGGUCACCGUCGACGAGCACGGAAUCGUGUCUGUCGACGCCGAAACCUAUGCCAAGGGAUGCUGUGAGGGUCCUGAGGAUGGUCUUCGGAAGGCCAAGGAAAUCGGGUUUCCAGUUAUGAUCAAGGCCUCCGAAGGAGGAGGAGGCAAAGGUAUCAGAAAGGUCGAGAAGGAGGAAGAUUUCAUCACCUUGUACCACCAGGCCGCUAGCGAGAUCCCAGGAUCGCCGAUUUUCAUCAUGCAGCUGGCCGGCUCCGCCAGACAUUUGGAAGUGCAGCUGCUGGCCGAUCAGUACGGAAACAACAUCUCACUCUUUGGCAGAGACUGUUCUGUGCAGAGAAGACACCAGAAGGUCAUUGAGGAAGCGCCAGUGACAAUCGCCAAAGAAGACACAUUCAGACAGAUGGAGGCAGCUGCCGUCAGACUGGGAAAAUUGGUCGGCUACGUUUCUGCCGGUACUGUAGAGUACCUUUAUUCGUAUGAAGACGACAAGUUCUACUUUUUGGAGCUGAACCCUAGAUUGCAAGUCGAACACCCAACAACUGAGAUGGUUUCUGGCGUGAAUCUGCCUGCCACGCAGCUGCAAAUCGCCAUGGGUAUUCCUCUGCACAGAAUCAGAGACAUUCGAUUAUUCUACGGGGCCGACCCUCACACCGCCACAGAGAUCGACUUUGAGUUCAAGAACGAGAACAGCGUGACGUCGCAGCGCCGUCCUAUCCCCAAGGGCCAUUGUACAGCCUGCCGUAUCACCUCAGAGGACCCCGGCGAGGGAUUCAAGCCCUCGAGUGGUACGCUGCACGAGCUGAACUUCCGGUCUUCAUCCAACGUGUGGGGUUACUUUUCGGUCAGUAACCAGUCCUCGAUCCACUCCUUCUCCGACACGCAAUUCGGUCACAUUUUCGCGUUUGGAGAAAAUAGACAGGCGUCGAGAAAACACAUGGUGGUUGCAUUGAAAGAGCUCAGCAUCAGAGGUGAUUUCAAGACGACCGUCGAGUAUCUGAUCAAGCUGCUAGAGUCUCCAGAUUUCGAGAACAACACCAUCACCACUGGCUGGCUGGACGAGCUGAUCAGCAAGAAACUCACGUCGGAGAGACCCGACCCUCACGUUGCUGUGAUCUGCGGUGCCGUCACCAAGGCCCACCAGGCGUGCGAGGAAAACAAAAAGGAGUACAUUGCCUGUCUUGAGAAGGGACAGGUGCCGGCAAAGGAGCUGCUCAAGACCAUUUUCAACGUCGACUUCAUUUACGAGGGCCAGAAAUACACUUUCACGUGUGCCAAGGCGGCAGAGGACAUGUUCAGCUUGUUCAUCAACGGCUCCAGGUGCGUGACGAAGGUCAAGGCCCUCGCUGACGGCGGUCUGCUGGUUGCUCUAAGCGGCAAGUCGCAUUCUGUCUACUGGAAAGAGGAGGUCGGGGCUACCAGAAUCUCUGUAGACGGCAAGACCUGCUUGCUAGAGGACGAGAAUGACCCUACCCAGCUGAGAACGCCGUCUCCAGGUAAGCUUGUGCGAUAUCUGGUGGAGAACGGCGGACACGUGACGGCAGGCAAGCCGUUUGCCGAGGUCGAGGUGAUGAAGAUGUUCAUGCCGUUGGUUGCUCAGGAGAACGGUAUUGUGCAGCUGUUGAAGCAGCCGGGAUCCACUCUGGCUGCGGGCGACAUUUUGGCCAUUUUAUCUCUGGACGAUCCGUCCAGAGUGAAGCAUGCUCUGCCGUUUGACGGCACUCUUCCAGACCUGGGCGACCCGAUUGUUAUCGGUACUCGCCCUGUGCACAAGUACCACAAGCUGCUGAACGUGUUGACCAACAUUCUGGCCGGUUUCGACAACCAGGUGGUGAUGAACGCCACGCUGACGGACCUGAUCCAAAUACUAAAGGACCCAGAGUUGCCAUACUCUGAGUGGCAGAACGUGAUAUCUGCUUUGCACUCGCGUCUGCCGGCCAAAUUGGACCAGCAGCUGACUGAGCUGAUUGAGAGAAGUCACAGAAGAAAGGCAGAGUUCCCUGCCAGACAGGUUUUGAAGCUGUUUGAGAAGGCCAGAGCAGAGGGCCAGCUCGGAGCGCUUCUAGAGCAGGCCAUCGAGCCACUUCUUGAGAUUGCCCACGGCUACCUAGAGGGCCUGGAGAACCACGAGUUCUUUGUGUUUGCCAAGCUUCUGAUGGAGUACUACAAUAUUGAGAGUCUAUUUAGCGGUGAGAACACGAGACUCGACGACGUGAUUCUGAGACUUAGAGAUGAGAACAAGAACGAUCUAAGCAAGGUGGUGACGUAUGCGCUGUCGCACUCGAGAAUCGGCGCCAAAAACAACCUUAUUGUCGCCAUUCUCGACAAGUACAGACCGGUUUUGCAAGAGAAUCCAGAGGCACUUCGAAUUUUCAAGGGGCCUUUGAAGAAAAUUGUCGAGCUUGAUAGCCGGGCAACCGCCAAGGCCACGCUCAAGGCCAAGGAGGUUCUCAUUCUCUGCUCGCUGCCAUCCAUCAAGGAGAGAUCUGACCAGUUGGAGCAUAUUUUAAGGACGUCUGUUGUGGAGACGAGGUACGGCGAGACCACUGCUGCAAAGCACAGACUUCCAGAUAUGGAGGUUAUCCGUGACGUGAUCGAUUCCAACUACGUUGUGUUUGACGUGCUGACGCAGUUCCUGUGUUCUGCGGACCCAUGGAUCGCUGCUGCUGCGGCAGAGGUGUACAUCAGAAGGGCCUACAGAGCGUAUUCGGUGAAGGAAGUCAAACACCAUCUUUCGUCGUCAAACAGCUCUCCUGUGGUGUCCUGGCGAUUCCAGCUGCCUGCGCUGUCGACAGCAGCGUACAAUUCUGUUCCCGACUCCAUCAGAAACUCCAAAUCCACGUCGAUGAACAGGGCCGUCUCCGUGUCAGACUUGACGUUCAUGAUCAAUAAGGACGACUCGCAGCCUCUGCGGACGGGUAUUCUCGUUCCGGCUGGCCAUUUGGAUGAUGUGGAGGACAUGCUCAGCAGAGGCUUGGAGCUGGCAGAAGUCGGCGCGGGACAAGACCCGAUCAACGUGUGCAACGUCUUUGUGCAGUCGACGGAGGGCUACGACACCGAGGAAGAGGUUUUGAAGCAGAUGGCCGAAAUCGUCGACUCGAUGAGGCACGAGCUACACGACGCCCUGAUCAGAAGACUCACGUUUGUGCUGACCGACCACGUUGGCACGUAUCCAAAGUACUACACGUUCAAAUACUCUGACGGUGCGUACAUUGAGGACCAGGUCAUCAGACACAUCGAGCCGGCAAUGGCGUUCCAGCUGGAGCUUGGUAGACUGUCAAACUUCCACAUCAAGCCGGUGCAGACCGCCAACAGAAACAUCCAUGUGUACGAGGCGGUGGCCAAGAAUUCGUCGGGCAUUGAUAAGCGGUAUUUCACCAGGGGAAUUAUCCGCACGGGCUCGAUCAAAGAUGACAUCACGGCGCCCGAGUACCUGACUUCCGAGGCCCACAGACUUAUGAGCGACAUUCUGGAUGCUCUUGAGAUCAUUGACACCUCCAACACCGACCUUAACCACAUCUUCAUCAAUUUCUCGGCCGUCUUCAACAUCACGCCCGAGGACGUGAGAAACGCGUUCGGCGGCUUCCUUGAACGGUUCGGCAGAAGACUCUGGAGACUCAGAGUCACCGGCGCGGAGAUCAGAAUCAUGUGCACGGACCCAGAGACAGGCGUGCCGUUCCCUCUCAGAGCCAUCAUCAACAACGUCAGCGGCUACGUCGUCAAAUCUGAAAUGUACAUUGAGGAGCGCAACGCCAACGGCGAGUGGAUCUUCAAGUCCCUGGGCACUCCGGGAGCCAUGCAUCUCAGGGCCAUCUCCACCCCCUACCCAACCAAGGAGUGGCUGCAACCAAAGAGACAGAAGGCCCACAGCCUGGGAACCACGUACGUGUACGAUUUCCCAGAGCUUUUCAGACAGGCAGUGCACUCACUGUGGCAGAAAUAUGACCCUAGUGCGAAAGUGGGUGAUGACGUCUUCAGUUACCUCGAGAUCAUCACCGACGAGGCCGGAAACUUGACUGAGGUCGAAAGAGAACCGGGAGCAAACACCAUCGGUAUGGUUGGUUUCAAGAUGACCGCCAAGACACCAGAAUACCCAAGAGGAAGACAGUUUGUGGUGAUUGCCAACGACAUCACGUUCAAGAUUGGCUCGUUUGGUCCAAAGGAGGACGUUUUCUUCCACAAGUGCACCGAGCUGGCCAGAAGUGCGGGAAUCCCUAGAAUCUACCUCUCUGCCAACUCUGGUGCCAGAAUGGGCAUGGCUGAGGAGCUUAUUCCUUACUACAAGGUCAACUGGAUCGACCCCUCGAGGCCAGAAAAAGGUUUCACGUAUCUGUACCUGACCUCUGAAGACCUGGCCGAGCUUGAAAAGACCGGCAAGGGCGGCUCCGUCAUCACAGAAAGAGUUGUCGAGAACGGCGAGGAGCGUCACGUGAUCACGGCCAUUGUCGGUGUGGAGGACGGGCUCGGAGUGGAGUGUUUGAAAGGGUCUGGUCUGAUUGCCGGUGGCACGGCCCGAGCAUACAGAGACAUCUUCACGCUGACACUGGUCACGUGCAGAUCUGUUGGUAUCGGCGCCUACUUGGUGAGACUUGGCCAGAGAGCCAUUCAAGUUGAAGGACAACCUAUCAUUCUGACGGGUGCUCCGGCCAUCAACAAGGUUUUGGGCAGAGAGGUUUACUCGUCCAACUUGCAACUUGGAGGCACGCAGAUCAUGUACAGAAACGGUGUAUCGCAUAUGACCGCAAGAGAUGAUCUGCAGGGUGUGGAGAAAAUCAUGGAGUGGCUGUCGUAUGUGCCUGCCAAACGCGGGCUUCCUGUUCCGAUUUUGGAGUCACGUGAGGAUCCAUGGGACAGAGACGUUGUUUACAGACCGGUGAAGAACGAGCCGUAUGACGUGAGAUGGCUGAUUGCGGGAAGGGAGACCGAGGACGGCUUUGAGCCUGGUCUUUUCGACCGCGACUCGUUCCAGGAGGCUCUUGCCGGCUGGGCCAGAGGUGUGGUUAUUGGAAGGGCCCGUCUGGGUGGUAUUCCAAUGGGAGUGAUUAGUGUGGAGACCAGAACCGUGGACAACCUUAUUCCUGCGGACCCUGCCAAUCCGAACUCGACCGAGCUGCUGAUUCAGGAGCCGGGCCAGGUUUGGCAUCCAAACUCGGCCUUCAAGACGGCACAGGCCAUCAGAGACUUCAACAACGGAGAACAGCUGCCGUUGAUGAUCAUCGGAAACUGGAGAGGUUUUUCUGGAGGCCAGAGAGACAUGUACAACGAGAUCCUCAAAUACGGUUCGUACAUUGUGGACGCGCUUGUGGACUUCAAGCAGCCGAUCUUCAUCUACGUUCCUCCUACUGGUGAACUGAGAGGCGGAUCGUGGGUUGUUGUGGACGCCACCAUCAAUAAGGACAUGAUGGAGAUGUAUGCAGACGUGGACGCUCGUGGAGGCAUCUUAGAGCCCGCUGGUGCGGUCAACAUCAAAUACAGAGAAAACAAGCUGGUGGUCACGAUGGACCGCCUGGACGACAAGUGCAAGAGGCUCCGUCAGCAGCUGUCUGCCGAGGGUCUUGCCGACGAAGAGAAGACUAAGCUCACCAAGGAGUUGAGCGAAAGACAUCGGGAAUUGAUGCCUGUUUACUCGCAGAUUGCCGUGCAAUUUGCCGACCUUCACGACAGAUGCGGACGCAUGCUUGCGAAGGGCGUGAUCCGGAAAGCUCUGGAGUGGACUGACUCUCGUCGCUUCUUCUUCUGGCGUGUGAGAAGAAGACUAAACGAUGAGUACCUGAUUGCCAAAAUUGCCGAGCAGCUGCCACAAUCGACCAGAUUGGAGAGGGUUGCCAGACUAAACUCGUGGUAUCCAUCUUCGCUGGAUCUCGAGGACGACAGAGCCGUUGCCACCUGGACCGAGGACAACCACAAGCUCUUGGAGAACAACCUCAAGAAACUGAAGGGAGAUGCGGUCAAACAGACUCUGGCCAGACUGUUCCGCACCGACAUGAAACACACAGCCGAGGGGCUUUCGGAGAUCCUGUCUCUGUUGCCUGCGGAGGACCGUGAGGCGAUUUUGAAAGAGCUGAAGCACUAAUCAAAAUUACAUUCUGUUGAUAUGUUAAAUAAAUUAAAUAUCCUAAUCUUUUUACCUGUUCUAUUAAGUCCCAAAAUCUUUUUUAAAGGCGCUAGCGACCGAUCCGCUUUUUAUUGCUUUGCUUUGCUAAUGAGAUUUGCAGAAUUCUUGGUGGUGUUUGCCACGUUAGGCGGGGGGAUGGCUGCACCGGUGGAGUCUCUGGCCGGGACCCAACGGUAUCUGGUGCAAAUGAAGGAGCGGUUCACCACAGAGAAGCUGUGUGCUUUGGACGACAAGAUCAAGAGUCUGAGUCAUUUCCGAGACGGCAUCGACAGGAAUUUUUCCUUUGGCAACUUCGAGGCCUUCUCGGGCAAGUUCAGCAAGGAGGCGUUGCUCAGAAUGGCUUCCAACCCAAUGGUUGCAAAAAUCGUGCCCGAUAGCCAGGUCGAAGCCGUCGACAUCGAGGUCGAGACAAACGCUCCAUCGCAUCUGGUCCGACUGUCGCAGGACAACCCCAUCAGCCCAGAUGACACCGAGUAUUUCUAUGACUCCGACUACUUGGGACAGAACGUGAAUGCAUAUAUCAUCGACAGCGGAGUGUUUGUGGACCAUCCGCAGUUCGAAGGACGAGCCGUCAAUGGACCCAACUUCAGCGACGACGUUUCAAACACAGACUUUGUGGGCCACGGUACACAUGUUGCUGGAAUCAUCGGGUCCAAGCAUUUUGGCGUUGCAAAAAAAAUCAACCUCAUCAGUGUAAAAGUUCUCGACAGAUACGGUCAGGGCUCACUGUCGUCGGUCAUUGCUGGAUUGGAAUACGCCGUGAAACACCACAGGGAGCACGAGAACACGCCGGGACUGGCCAAUUUGUCGCUUGGAGCGGCCAAGAGCUCUGUGCUGGACGACGCCGUCAAGGCAGCCUAUGAGAGCGGCCUGGUGAUUGUGGUUGCAGCAGGAAACAGCAACAUCGACGCCUGCAAUACGUCGCCGGCCGGCUCGCCCUACGCGUAUACUGUGGGUGCAAUCGACGACUCACAGGACAAAAUCGCUAGUUUUUCCAACUGGGGCAGGUGCGUCAAUAUUUUUUCCAGUGGAGUGGAUAUCAAAAGCCUGUCUAACAGCAAAACCAAUCUGAAGAAAAUUCAGACACUGAGCGGCACUUCGAUGGCCAGUCCUGUUGCUGCGGGGCUGAUUGGCGUGCUGCUCAGCAAGGGUGUGUCACACGAUGAGAUUGUCUCCGAAAUGGAGGAGUUGUCGAUCAACGGGGCUGUUCCAAGAAUCAGCCUGCUUUUGCGGCCAGGAAGCCCCAAUAGAAUAGCGUCGAACGGCAUUAGAGAGUACGACUUCGACAUGAUGCGGCUGUCCAACAGCAGCGCCACAAACGGCACUGCGAUUAGAGCGUAAGUAGAAUGCAGGUGAAUAUAUGAGCCGGAUGUUUAGCGGUGCGGCUGGUGCGUGAAGCUGAUCACGAGUCUUCCGGAGCGUGCGUUGUACGACACAAAAAUCAGCGAGUGGCACGGCGUCUUGGGCGGGCUCUGGUCCACUGGCGACGAUUGCAAAGCCAUGAGUUCGGAGUCGAUAUCGUCGUUCUGAAAAAGCAUGUCUAUUUCGUUUACGCAUUUGAGACACUCUCGUACUCUCAUCUGAACAGGGUCACAGUAUUUGCUGGAGAAUUCAGACUCUGUCUGGUACUUGAAGUCGUAGCCCGUUGCCUUGCUUAUAGCAAGAAUGUAUUUUUCGUACAAUCGGAGGAGGACCGUUGCGGGUGUUUUUUCUUUGGUGGCCGUCUGUGCAAGAAGCCUUGUGUGCGGCUCAUUCGUCGUAAACACUAAGUUGCGCAGCUCCUGUUCGUGAUUGAGUUGGAGCAGCUGGAGAUAGUAGUCGAGUGAUUUGAUGACUCCGUCUGUGUUUUCGCACGGAGAACAUAGGUCGUCGAGGCCGUUAGUGUUCUGGCCGCAGCAAACACACACAGAUGGAGGCCGCCACAAAUUCGGCUCGCCGAUGGCGUUUCUCUGGUUACCCUGGUGCAGAAAAUGCAUGCGCUGCUCGUGCUCGGCCAGCGAGUCUGCCAGAGACUGUGUCUGAGUGUCGUGCUCGGCCAGCGAGUCUUUCUCGAGCCCCGACUCGGCCUGCUCGGGAGACGGCGCGGUAGACGACUGCAGCACAUCGGGUGUCGUCUCGCGUGGCUGUUCGGAUUUUGUGCGCGGAGUGUCGACAGCAGUCGCCGACUCCAAAUCAGUCUCCAUGCCUCUAAUCUGCUGGAUCAUGUCGUACUCCUCUCUGUUUUUGAUGACGCUGUGUUUCGACCCACGCCGCUUCUGCGCUCGCUCAAUCACGCGGCAUGGGUUGCACGUCUUGAAUUGCAAGUGUUCAGGCGUCUCAGACACCAGCCUCUUGCGCUUGCAUCGCCGGCAUGUGAUGGGUUUGCCGUUGACGUAGACAUAUUCCGACUCUGAGCCCUGGCUAGAGUUGUUGUACGCAUUGAGCCGCGCAAGAAUACGCUCAUUGGUCAAUUCCGAAGCCACCUUCAUGUCUAGUUAAUAGGGGACCGAGGG